GCUCCCGCCUGCGCGUGGUUGUUGAAGUUCAGAGGAAGUGACGACGGAGAAAGUGUGAGAACUGAACGGGGGGUAGUUUUUUGGGGGGUGAGUUACAACUCUACGACCAACAGAGUGGGGGGAGAGAAAAACUACCCUACAAUCUAGUGGAUCGAUCAUUAAAACACUAAAGUGUCCGAGAGAAGAAACUUUUCCUGGGAUUUGGGAGGUUUUAUAGGAUGAGAGAGUUUGCGCGACGGCACGUGCGUGUAAAUCAGUGUUUACGUCUGACUGAGAAACUGGGCUUCAGUUAUUCAGGCGACAUCAUGAACUAUUGUUGUGUUCAACGACCCGACUUUCCUCUGUGUUUCUACUUGUACUAAUGUACCCGAGUCGUGUUUUAGCAGCUUCACUCAGGAUCAGUUUGCUUCUUCUCCUUCUCUUGUUGACGGUGAGCGUGUGUUCAGAGCUGAAAGUGCUGGUGCGGUUAAACGAUGGUCAGAUCACCGCAGAGACUUUAGAGUCGGACAGCGAGCGGGACAUCAUCAGUGUAGAGUUCAGGCACACAGACGGCACUCUCAUCACCUUCCUGGCAGAUUUCAAGCGGCAUGUGAAGAUCCUGCGGGCACUGGUGCUGGGGGAACCGGAGCGGGGCCAGACACAGUACCAGGGCCUGUGUUUCAUAAGCAGGCUAGAACAUGGAGAGAUCAUCCCAAGUGAGGCCAUGGUCAGACUGAGACAGAAAAACCCACACAUUAUACGGAAUGCUGAAGAGAAGCGUGGUCUGGAGCGGAUGAGCAUGAACAUGGCGGUAAAUCUCACUCUAUCCUGGCAUCUCAGCUCCCACAUCCGCAGCAUAUGCCGCGACGCCCAAGACUUCAUCUACACGCAAGAGCAGGACGUCAAAUACUGGCUACAAAAGGGUGUGGAAAGCUCCGUAUUCAAAGUGUUUCCCCAGAAUAUCGACAACGCAGUCCUGCAAAGUUGCAGCACUACUACGGACCCGUGGCAGCCGUGUUCAUGUAGCUACACCGUGAGGCUGGAGUGGUACCCGUGCAUGCUGAAAUACUGCCGUGGCCACGGCCCGAGCCCGUACAAGUGUGGGAUCAAGAGCUGCAGCAAGGCUUACCGCUUCGACUUCUACACGUCACGCAAGCAACUGUGCAUGUGGGAUGAAGAGAGCUAACAGUGCCACUCUACACAGUUCACUAAUAUUCUAACCAGUACUUAUGCUAAAAGUGACCCUGGGUAGCACCGAGGUGCCUUCACAUAGGUCUUAAUAGUAACAUAGAUCUGAAUUAUGUUCCUUUAUUUGUAUUAUCUAUCGUAGUAGAUUUUUAGACACUAGCAUUUUUUUUUCUCUUAUGUUUGGCUAAAAGGACAGAUCCUUUAACUUAAUCCAUCAAGCCAGGUCAUUAUUUCUGCUGUCAAUGCCGUAUAUAGCCUGAAGGGAAAAUUUGCAUGACUGAUAGGUUUAUAGGCACCUAGGUUCAUUUUUCCUCAGGGGAAAAAAAAUGUUUACUCGGAUUCUUCAUGUUGAAAAAGUAAACAUCAUAUAUUUCGUGUUAACGUAUAUUAGAAACUUUUAAGGGCUGUAACAGGAAGAACAUGUAUAGUAUAUAUUGGCCCACAGUAGUUAUUUUUUUAUUUUGAGUAUAUUUUUAGUGUUAAACACUCAUUGGCCUCUGUAAUAGGAGCAUGGACACGGAAACCUGCAACUACCACGUAAUGAUACGUGUACAGGUCGAAAGCUUCAGUUCCUUUUCAUGUCAAUCAUGAGAGUGGGUGGAAAUGAGAUCUAAGUGGCAUUGACCAUGGGGUGUUUGCUGGUACCAGACUGCUGGUUUGAUUAUUUAAUAAACUGCUGAUAUUACAACUGUGGUGUGCUGAAAAGAAUCUCUGAACACACCGUGUCAAACCAUGUAGCAGAUGAGCUACACCAUCAGAAGACCAUAUCAGGUUCCGCUCUCGUCAACCAAGAACGGGGAUCUGAAGCCACAAUGAGCACAGAUUCACCCAAUUUAGAGCAUUAACUGAUGGUACCUGCAUUUAAAUAAUUGCAUGAAUGAUCAGUAGUGCAGAUGUUCCUAUUAAAGUGGUCAGUGUGAGAGUAUAUUAUAUACAUAUGACUUCAGUAUCUGGAAUUUGCUUUAAUAUUCAACUGUAAGAAUAUCUCCUGAUUAUAAUUUUGCUUUAUCUACAUGUAGACCAGAAGUAUUUUUAUUGUUAAAGGUAUGUUUUAGAGAGUUCUCAUACUGUCGUUUUGACAACUUCUUGCAAUAUUUUACACCUACUCCAAAUUGUGACUGUUACAAACUCGUGGCCCGGGCCCAAUGGUACUUUUUUUUUUUUUUUUAUCUCGAGGUUUAGCCGUGAAAUAUGUUUCGUCUUAUGAACAAAACAAGCUACGCUGGCAGCUAAGGCACGUUUUUGUGUUGUCUAUUUAUUGCUAAUAUAUUCAAGUGAUGCCAAAUGUGCUGCUCACUACUCACCAUAACCCUGACUAAUGAUCUCAUCUCCAUUUCAAUAACCUCAUUACUACAAAUGCGUACACUAUGGUGGGCAGAUGAACCUUUUACACAAUGCAAUAGUGUUAUGUUGGGACUUUUUUAUUUACUUUCAAGAAGUUUUACCGAAUAGCUUGCACCACGAUAUGGCACAGUUCCAGGAAUUUAAUGUUUAACGUUUUUAUAUAUGGAAGGAUGUGUUUACACAUUUUUAUGCACAAAACGAAUACGUGUACGUUGGUGGCUUGUUAUCUCUAAAUGAAUAUGCUCAGGUUUUUCUUCCUUGCUGGAUUUGAUGACUUAUAAUGACACUUACAGUCUUAACGUGUUGUGGAGAUGAUUUUUACAAAGCAUCUUACAGUUUGGCUUUUUGUGUACAACUGUGAGGACGAUUUAAACAGCAUGUUUAACUAAAUUACAGAUGCAAGUGUAAUUAAAGAUAAAGAUAAACUUUAUAUUUCAGUA